AUGGCAGCUGCGAUAGAACUUAGUACUAGUCCAAAUGUACCUCCUGCUCCUGCUGCUGGAAUGUAUUGGUCAAGAGCUAUAUCUUUUGGUCGUGGUCCUUCUCGUCCUUUACGAGCUCAUACUUCUAAUUUGAUUGGUGAACAUUUAUAUGUAUUCGGUGGUUGUGAUAUUAAGGCUUGUUUUAAUACAUUAUAUAUUCUGGAUAUGGAUACAUUGACAUGGUCUAAACCAAGGACUACUGGCGAUAUUCCUCCACCUUGUCGUGCACAUUCUUGUACAACUGUAGAACAUGAUGUGGGUAAUGGAAGACGUGUCCCAUUUCUUUAUGUUUUUGGUGGUGGUGAUGGACCCAAUUAUUUUAACAAUCUUUAUGUGUUGAAUACUGAAAGAAAGAAUAGGGAAAUUUAUUUAUUUAUUUUUUGGAUAGAAACAUUUACUUGGACAAAACCAAACACUGAAGGUAUACCACCUUCUCCUCGACGAGCUCAUACUACAUGUUCAUGGAAUAGCAAUAUCAUUGUUGUUGGUGGUGGAGAUGGUGCUCGUGCUUUGGCUGAUGUACAUUGUUUAGAUUUGGCAGACCCAAGUCGUCCGGUAUGGUCACAAAUGGAACCUUCGGGUACGGCUCCUAUUGCAAGAGGAUAUCAUACAAGUAAUUUGGUCAAGGAUAAAUUGAUCGUUUUUGGAGGUAGUGAUGGUCAUGAAUGUUUUAGUGAUGUAUUUGUAUUGGAUCUAGUGGCAAAUAAAUGGAGUCAAGUAGAUGUAGAUCGUGCAAUACCUAGAUUAGCUCAUACUGCAACACAAAUUGGAUCUUAUAUAUUUGUCAUUGGUGGACAUGAUGGCAAUAGAUAUUCAAAUGAUGUUUUAUUAUUGAAUCUUGUAACAAUGAGUUGGGAAUCAAGAAAGAUUUAUGGUGGUGCACCAUCACCUCGUGGUUAUCAUACAGCAGUUUUACAUGAUUCUAGAUUAUAUAUAUUGGGAGGUUAUGAUGGAAAGAAUGUAUUUGAAGAUAUUUAUCUUUUAGAAUUAUCUUCUUCUGCUUAUUUAUCUCAAAUCACUAAUUUUGAUAUUGAUGUUUGA